UGCAUGGCCAUAAUAACCUUGUUUGGAUACAAAUUCCAUCCUUUGUUAUUAUGCUGUAAUUUUCAUUAAUAAAGAACAUUUUUUUAGUAACUUUUGUAGGUUAAUAAAAAAACAAAGAAAAUAAAGUAAACUUUUUUAAUCAAUGCUCAUCUACAUAUAUUAAUCUCUUGUGUUGAUCCUCAACCUCAUAAGUCAUAACAUUAGUUUACUCACACCACAUACAAAAGUAGCUGAAACAAGAGCAACCUAAAACAUUACUGCAAUGGAUUUUCACACAUUUUUUCUUUUCACCUUGACAAUCCUCUUCCUCUCAGGAGCUGACUCUGCCAGAUUAUUCACAUUCAAGAAUAGUUGUCCCUUUACAGUCUGGCCAGGAACUGUCACUGGUGCAGGGAGCCCCCAAAUACCUUCAACAGGGUUUGAGUUAGCUCCAAGUGCUUCCUUAUCCCUAAACAUCCCAGCACCAUGGUCCGGCAGAUUCUGGGGCCGCUCACAUUGCUCAAUGGACCACAAUGGAAAGUUCAGUUGCGCCACGGGAGAAUGUGGCUCGGGAGAGAUAGGCUGCAAAGGAGCAGGGGGAAUUCCACCAGCAACGCUUGUCGAAUUCACUCUAGCGCCAAACAAUGGACGAGAUUUCUACGACAUUAGCCUUGUCGACGGCUUUAACUUGCCCGUCUCGGUGAAGCCUGAAGGAGGGGGGUCUGGUAGUAAUGAUGGCUGCAACACAACUAGCUGCUCUGCUAGUAUCAAUGAUGUGUGUCCAAAAGAAUUGGCUGUGAAGAGUGGAAGUGGGGCUGUAGUUGCUUGUAAAAGUGCAUGUUUGGUAUUUGAUCAAUCGCAGUAUUGUUGCAGAGAUGAGUUUAAUUCUCCCAACACAUGCCAACCAAGCCAGUAUUCAAGGCUCUUCAAGCAGCAUUGUCCCCAGGCAUACAGUUAUGCUUAUGAUGAUAAAACCAGCACUUUUACAUGCACUGGAGGGGCCAACUAUGUCAUCACCUUUUGCCCAUGACUUUCUCCUUUCCUUUAAUAUUAUUCUUAUCUUUAAUAUCAACAAUUUACAUAUUAGUUUCACGAGCUGUAUGCCUGUAGUUAACCUUUGAUGGAUCAAUGUGUGAAACAAAAGAAGAUUAAUAAUUAUGCUUUAUUAAAUUAUUAAUAUAUUAUUAAUAAUAAUUAACAAUGAUAGAUUAUACCCUGA